AUGGUCGCCCUCCGCUUGUUCCUCCUCACUGCGCUCGCGAGCACGGCGCUCGCGCAGAACGGCACCUGCCAGGCCGAGUGCGGCAACCUGAACGAGUUCACCGCGAACCCGUGCGCGGACGCAUCCAAGACCGCGAUCCAGAAGUGUGCAGACUGCGCAGCGACGACGCAUCUCCAGUCUUUGCAGAACGCGACGCUCCAGCUCCAGAACCUGUGCAACCCGACGUACAUGUCGUCCGUGUCUGCUUCCCGUGUCGCAGCGUCGGCGUCGGCCUCGUCCGCCGCUGCGGCAGCAGCGGCGUCCAACGCCUCGCACUCUGCAGCGAACGCAACAGGGGCGCCGUCGGCGUCCGCUACUCACAAGCCGUCGUCGGCCGCCGGCUUAGGCGUCGCUGGGUCGAGACGCUCAGGAAUCAGGAACUAUCAGCUUGCCAUCUCGAGCAACAUCUUCUUGGGUACCAGACGCAAGUAUAUAAGCACGCAUGCAUGCAACGUGUUCAUGGCCGACCACACCUGUUGUACCACCGCGCCCGCUACGAUGCUUGUCAAGUCGCUCCUUCUCACUGCCGCCAUCGCCGGCGCCAACGCCCACGUCCGCCGCCAGGACUCCUCGGCCUGUCUCUCGCAGUGCCAGGAGGUCGCGGGCAGCUUCACGCCCAACGCGGCCUGGUGCGCCGCCGACAAGCAGGCCCAGGUCAAGGCGUGCUACACCUGCAUCGCGCAGAACAACCCCGACCAGGCCGACGUCGCCAACCAGACCAUCGACGCGCUCAACAAGAUCUGCGCCAACGGCGGCGACCCAUCCGUCGUGACUGGCGGCGACAGCAGCGGCGGCAGCUCCAACUCGGGCGGUGACAGCUCGAGCGGCGGCGCCUCGGGCAGCUCCUCGGGCCCCGACCCCGCUGCCGACCCCUCCGCCCCGUCCGCCUCGGCUGGUGGAUCCGGCGGUGCCGCCGGUGGCGCCGCCGACCCCGCUGCUGACCCCGGAGCCGCCAGCGCCAGCCCCAGUGCCACCGGUGCCGGCUCGGGCGCUGGCAACGCUGCUGCCGCCGCGGCUACGCCCUCGGCUAGCGCCCCCUCGGCCGGUGCCGCCGGCUACGCGCCGUCGGCGUCGGCCUCGGCGUCGCAGGGCGCCGCGGGCUACAGCUCGGGCAACGUGACUUCCAGCGCGUCGCACUCGGCCACCUCGUCGGCUGCCGCCGCGUCGUCUUCCAAGCCCAGCUCGGCUCGUGCCCUCACCGCCGGUGUCGGCGCCGUCGUCGCCGCCGCUGUUGCUGCCGCCGCUUUUGCCUUCUAA